CUAUCUUCCUUCCCGUUGUGAAUACUCCGUUAUCUAUUAAUCGUCUUCUUCCAUUUUUCUGUCUCCUCUUCCCAGUUCCCACCGCUCAAAACACAAUUACUGUAAUUCUAAGAAGAAUUAAACAAACAAACAAUAAAAAUGGCCUCCAAGGCAAUGAUGACGAGCUGCGGCGUUGCGCCACUCUGCUCCUCCUCGCUUUUCUCUUCUUCCAAGCCCAAAGUCUUCCUCGCCGCCGCGCCGUUUCCCGGCGCCGCCUCUAAUGUGACCACCUCCGCCGUCAAGGCCACCAUGUCCUCCUCCGACUGGAUGCCCGGCCAGCCCCGCCCUCCCCACCUCGACGGUUCUGCUCCCGGAGACUUUGGUUUCGACCCACUUGGUUUGGGGGAAGUGCCACAACUCCUCGAGAGAUACAAAGAAUCUGAACUAAUCCAUUGCAGAUGGGCUAUGCUUGCCGUGCCAGGAAUUUUGGUCCCUGAGGCAAUGGGGUUGGGGAAUUGGGUAAAGGCACAAGAGUGGGCAGCAAUUCCAGGAGGGCAGGGGAGCUAUUUGGGACAACCUGUCCCCUGGGGCACCCUCCCCACCAUCUUCGCCAUUGAACUUCUUGCCAUUGCAUUCGUAGAGCACCAGAGAAGCAUGGAGAAAGAUACAGAGAAGAAGAAGUACCCAGGGGGAGCUUUUGAUCCCCUGGGCUACUCCAAGCAGGAUCCUGCAAAGUUCCAUGAGCUCAAAGUCAAGGAGAUCAAGAAUGGACGGCUAGCAUUGUUGGCGUUCGUGGGGAUAUGCGUUCAGCAGUCGGCGUACCCGGGAACAGGGCCGCUGGAGAACUUGGCAGCCCAUCUGGCAGACCCAUGGCACACCAACAUUGGAGACGUCAUCAUCCCCCCUUCUCUUUUCCAUUGAAAUAUGAAAGAAAGAAAAAAUGGCAUGGAUUCUUGUAAUUACACUACUACUUAAUUCAUAACUCCCAGGAAAUGAUUAACUAUAUUACCUUGGCCGAGCUCCUCCAUUAAUUACAUGUGCAUCUUUGGGUCCAUAUUGUCAUCUUUGAGCAAAGAAAACCAGGUUUGGUUC